AUGAUAUCACUGAGAAAGCAAUUGAUUGUGGCAAGUGUUGUGAUUCUUGUGACGCAUUGUGAUGGCAAUAGGAAUUGCCUGACACCAACUGGUGAAUCCGGAGAGUGUAUUGAAUGGUCAAAGUGUCCAAAUAUUUACAAUAUUCUGGCCGAUAGACCACUCAACAUGCCAAAUCGGGCAUAUUUUGCCUCAUCUCUCUGUGCUAUCCAAAGUGACAAAGUAUUUGUCUGCUGCCAGAGCCAUCAAGAUGUGCAAACAACUGGAAAAAACUGCUUUACACCUGAUCAAAAAUCUGGGAAUUGUGUUUAUCUUAAUGAAUGCCCUUCAAUCUACGAUAUACUCCUUCACAAAAGACCACUAACUCCAGAGGAUCGAAUGUUUAUGAGCAGAAGUCAAUGUGGAUAUGAAAAUGGAAAGUAUAUGGUCUGUUGUCCAGAUGAGGAAAAUCUCUUGCCAAAGCCUGGAUUGGAAUGUGGAAGUCUAACAAUGGGAAAUUAUGUGUAUGGUGGUGAGAGGACUCUAAUUGAUGAAUUUCCCUGGACAGUUUUGUUAGAAUAUCAAAAACCAAUGAAUAAGACUGACUUUCACUGUGGAGGAAUACUCAUCAGCAACCGAUAUGUCUUAACAGCAGCUCACUGUGUCAAGGGAAUUCAUUUACCAGAAACCUGGACACUGAUCAAAUGUCGCCUCGGGGAAUGGGAUCUUGCUACAGAUCCUGAUUGUGAUGAAGAUGACUGUGCACCUUCUCCUCAAGAUAUCCCCGUUGAGGAAGUAAUUCCACAUUCAGAAUACAAAUCCACUUCUAGAAAUCAACUAAAUGAUAUUGCCCUUAUAAGGCUCCAAUACCCAGCCACUUUGGGGGCUUUUGUUCAACCAAUUUGCCUUCACCGGGAAAUGAAACCAAAUCCCGGGAUGAAGGUCAACGUGGCUGGAUGGGGAAGGACUGAAAAUGCUGCAUUUAGCAAUCUUAAACUUAAGGUACAGCUCACCUAUGUCUCUCCCCUGAUUUGCAAUAUCGUGUACAAAAGGGAAGAUGUCAGCAUCACGAGAAAUCACCUUUGUGCAGGUGGUCAAAAGGAUAAAGACAGCUGCAAAGGGGAUUCUGGAAGUGCACUCUUUGCAAUGGCAAAUUCAACUGAACAUCGUCCAUAUUGGUUUUGUGCGGGAAUUGUGUCUUUUGGACCAUCUAUUUGUGGUCUUGAUGGAUGGCCAGGAGUUUAUACAAAUGUACCAUCUUAUUACAAUUGGAUCAGAGGGAAUAUUCGACCGUAA